AUGGCAGAAAUGCAGAUACAUCAUCAAGAAGACCAUAAUCCUAACCCUAAUCCUAACCCUACCCAUUACACACAGUACCGUUUCCCUGGCAAAGUUCCCCACCAACAAGUCCAUAACAUGGACAAAGCUACACCUUCUCGCUUCAAACCCAAUGCACCCAAACGUGAACACUGCAUUUGCAUCACCGUUUUCCUUCUCUUACUUGGCAUCAUACUCCUCAUCCUGUGGCUAGCCUACCACCCUUCCAAGCCACGUUUCACGGUGGCCAGUGCCGCUGUCUACGGCCUCAACGCCACCACGCCGCCACUCAUAUCCAUCUCCAUGCAAUUGAACAUCAUCAUAAGGAACCCUAACAGGCGUGUCUCCAUUUACUUUGACAGACUCUCAGCCUAUGUUUCCUACCGAAACCAACCCAUCACGCCGCAUGUCAUGCUUCCCCCACUCUACCUGGAGAAGCACAGCGCCGUGUCCCUGUCGCCGGAGAUUGGAGGCGUGCCUGUGCCCGUCUCGGAAGAGGUCACGAAUGGAUUUGCCAUGGACGAGGCUUAUGGGGUGGUGGGUGUGAAACUUGUGUUCUAUGGAAGGUUGAGGUGGAAAGCUGGUGACAUAAACUCAGCACAUUAUGGAUUGUAUGUGAAGUGUGAUGUGUUGAUGGGUUUGAGGAAAGGUUUUGUGGGUCAGGUUCCUCUCCUUGGAGCUCCAGUUUGCGACGUCAAUACGUGA